UUUGUGAGGCAGUCUGUGUACAGUGCGGAGUCGUAGCAGGAUGAGCUCGGUCCCGGGGUUGCAAGAGGAUUGUGAGGAGCUGCUUGGCGCCUUCCAGGAGGCCGACACCGUCCGCUUCGAGCGCUUCGCCGAGCUGUGGCGGGAGCGCCGCUUCCACACCAUCUUCUAUGGUAGAAUAAGAGCUUUGGAGAGGAAUAAGCUCACAAAGAAGACUUUAGAACUGGCACAGCAGUACUUCCUGCCCCCAUAUGCUUUCCAGAUUCGAGUUGGUGCUCUGUACCUUUUGUAUGGACUCUACAAUACACAGCUUUGCCAGCCCAAGCAAAAGAUCAGAAUUGCACUCAAGGAUUGGCCUGAAAUCCAGAGAUUUCAACAAGAUCUGAUAGACUCCCAGCAUUAUGAUGCAGUGUACAUCUUUAGGAGGCUGCGACUUGCCAGAGCAUUCCAUUUCACAGCAAUGCCAAAGCUGCUGAACUACCGAACUAAGAAGAAAAUUCAGGAAAAGGAAUUUAAAGAAGAAUUUAAGGACCCAAGUAACAGAGUGAACAGCCUCAUCACCAAUGAUGUAUUGGAGGAACUAAUGAAUAUUCAUGACCACUAUCAGAAAAUGAAGUGUGUCAUUUCAGCUGACAAAUCCCAGCCAGACAAGGCGCUUAGCUUGAUAAAAGAUGAAUUUGUAGUUAAUCUUAAAGACAUAACAUUGGAACAUCAGGAAUGGCAGCAGAACAGAAUGAAACUAUUUCUAAACACUAAAGAAAUUGGUGAAACAACAAACAAAAAGGAAGAAGAAACUUUGGUAGAAUCAGAGGGCUCUGAAAGAGCAAAUGCAUUGGCUAGAAUCAAAUACAAGUCUUACUCUGCGGUUGUUGAGGCUUCUAAAUCCAGAAGACAUCGUCAAGUAAAAUUGGAAUCCUGUGAAUCAGGAUCAAAUUAUGGGAAAUCUCCAAACAAAAGUAGAAGGAACAGGAGACCACAACCAGCAAGAAGAAGAGAUUCUUUGGAGAUUAAAGGUGAAAUGCAAAUGGCAAAGGAAGCUGUUACUCAUCAUAUUGGAAUGCCUGUGAUCACAGAGGAAAACUCAGAUGAAGAAGAAGUAUCUGUCCCCAAGAGGAAAAGAAGAUGUUAGAGGAUCCAGUCAGAGAAGCAUUAAUGUUCAUUUCAAUGAAAAAAUACAAAUGUCAGAGGUAAUACGAAGUACUUUGAGUAUGCAACAAGAAGUGUCUGGGACCAGAAUUACAGGUGCUGCUGGAGUACUGGUGGUGAUAUCUUAGCUGUCUCGGUACAGCACCUGGUGCCUGUAUUCACCUGGUGGAUGCUUUUUGUGGGAGACAAGAGUUGUUGUGCCCUGUUUGAGGUGGAAAGAGAAGAUGGCUCCUUGUUGUAUUGCUUGUACCAUGUAAGUUACCACUUGGAACUUGUAUUGGUCUGCAGUGAUGGUAUUAACUGAGACUGUUAAAAGAACAGCUACAAAAUACUUGUCUGUUUGAGACAUGUUUGUAAUCUUUUCUCUCUGAACAUGAAAUUAAGGUUAUUGACUGUUAAAAAUCAGUAU